GCGCGAGCGAGCGGGCGAAGCAAAGCACAUCACGAUUCACGAGCCAGCCAGCCUGCGGGGGAGCUCAUUAAAGAGGGAGCGGCCGGCCGGGGGGAGCAAGCAGCGCGCGAGAGAGACAGCAGAGAUGGCGAUGCCGUAUGCCUCUCUUUCCCCGGCAGGCGCCGACCACCGCUCCUCCACCGCCACCGCGUCCCUCCUCCCCUUCUGCCGCUCCUCUCCGCUCUCCGCGGGUGACGUAGGAGGCGGCAGGCUGGGGUACGACGCGCAGAUGAGCGGGAGAUGGGCGGCGGCGAGGUCGCCGCCGUUCACGGCGGCGCAGUACGAGGAGUUGGAGCAGCAGGCACUCAUAUACAAGUACCUGGUAGCCGGCGUGCCCGUCCCGCCGGAUCUCGUGCUCCCCAUCCGCCGCGGCCUCGACUCCCUCGCCACCCGCUUCUACGGCCACCCAACACUUGGGUAUGGAUCGUACUUCGGCAAGAAGCUGGAUCGGGAGCCGGGCCGGUGCCGGCGUACGGACGGCAAGAAGUGGCGGUGCUCCAAGGAGGCCGCCCCGGACUCCAAGUACUGCGAGCGCCACAUGCACCGCGGCCGCAACCGUUCAAGAAAGCCUGUGGAAACGCAGCUCGUCCCCCAGUCCCAACCGCCCGCCACCGCCGCAACGCCCCUCGCAGUUGCCACCAACAGCAGCAACUUCCAGAACCAUUCCCUUUACCCGGCCAUUGCCGGCAGCACUGGUGCAGGCGGGGCCAGCUACAUCUCCAGGCCGUUCUCCUCGUCGUUGGUGUCUGCACAGCUGCACAUGGACAAUGCUGCCAGUUAUGCAGCUCUAAGUGGUGGAACAGGCAAAGAUGUCAGGUAUACUGCUUACGGAAUAAGAUCUUUGGCAGAUGAGCACAGUCAGCUCAUUACAGAAGCUAUUGAUUCAUCCAUGGAGAACCAGUGGCGCCUUCCGCCAUCUCAUAACUCUCCGUUCCCUCUUUCGAGCUACCCCCAGCUUGGGGCACUGAGUGACCUGUGUCAAAACACAGUCGACUCUCUCUCGAAGAUGGAUAGGCAGCCACUUUCCUUCUUAGGGAGUGAGUUCGGAACCGUCGACUCCGUGAAGCAGGAGAAUCAGACGCUGCGGCCCUUCUUCGACGAGUGGCCAAAGGCAAGGGACUCCUGGUCAGGCCUUGCUGAUGAGAAUGCUAACCUCUCGUUCUCGGCGACCCAACUGUCGAUUUCCAUACCGAUGGCGUCCUCGGACUUCUCGGUGGCCAGCUCCCAAUCGCCGAACGGUGACUGAACAUCGUGAUGUCUCUGAGCCAAGUAUUGGUUGCUGUUGCGUUCUGAGUUUCUUCAGGCCCUUGCCUCCACCGUGUGCAGUAGCUACAAAAACAAUCUAUGCUUCUGUAAUUUAUCAGCCUUCGCCGUGUCAGAUGUACCAAACAAAGCGACUCCAUAGUCGCCUGAUGAGAUCGUUUUCCUUGGGCUCAACGCUUUGUGUGGCCCCAUUGAUCAAUUCA